AUGACAUCUAGCCAUCACACCUCGUGUUUCGUUCUUCCUGUGGAAGUUCAUGCACCGAGGACUACCCACCAACGAUCGAGUGAUUGUCACCGAUUAGGAGGUGGAAAGGAGAUAUCAUUGUUGCUCUAUCAUGACAGACAAAAGUAUGGAACAUUUAUUUUUCCAUAGUGAUAUCACUAUCGAGUGUUGACGUCAACUUCUAGUGAAUUAGCUUUCAAUGCUCUCGUACAGACCUACGAGACCAUCACUAGAGGUCUUUAGGAGAGUCAUUGACUCAUCGACAAGUGUCAAGGUUAGUCCCUUCAUCCGUAUCUCCAUAGCAUAUAUGUUAUGGGAAAUAUGGAAGGGACGUAACUCAUCUCAAUUUGUAGGCCAAGUGAUGUGUGCCACAGAGAUUAUAAGGCACAUAACACAAUGGCUUCGGAGUACUCAUUCCUUAGUGCCAAACAAAACAAAACACUCGCAUUCUAUUUGUGAGGCUUUUGGGCUUUGGGAACUCCAUAUCAUACCUACACAGACCUAUACUACUAUCUGAUCUGUUAGAUGGACACCACCGAGGACUGGACAGUGGAAACUCAACGUCAAUAGAGCAUCUCAAGGUAACCCAGGACCAUCUGAAGGAGGAGGUAUCUUACGCGCUAGUACAGGAUGCAUUCUCUUUGCCUUUUUGAACUUUUAUAAUAUAUGAACUAAUAUUGCGGCAGAGGCUAUGGCAAUACGGGAUGGUUUGCUUCUUUGUGAGGAGCAAAAUAUUACUAAUAUUGUCUUAGAAUCUGAUUCCAAAGUGUUAGUGGACAUGUUACGUGUAGACUCUUGUCCUCAUUGGAGGCUCAAGAAUAUCUGGGCAGACAUCAUGCGAUGUCAAGGAUGCAUCACAACUAUUACGCAUCAGUUUCGAGAAGGGAAUCAAAUAGCUGACGCCCUUGCUAUGCAUGGAGUCAGAUCGCGUCGGAGGACAAUCUUCUCUUUUUGGCAGGACAUGCCCCUCAAAGCCCAAGGUGCUCAUAGACUUAAGCGACUCGGCAUACCUUCUUUACGCAUGCACCGCACUCCACUAUCGGCCCCUCCACGGCAGUGGCGUAUUGUUUGGAGGAGACUAGGGGUGGUUACUAUUAGCCGCUGAAGACCACAAUGGAGAUACAGGUACGUGUUUCCUUUAUUUCUAUUUUCAGGUCUAUCACAAGCCACAACUAUGACAUCAUCAUGGCACUCAUCCCAUACCACCGAUGUGGAAUGCACUUUACCUAUCAGCACAAGACGGAUAAGGCACAUUGUAAUCCACUCGAAUAUAUGUUAAAUAAGAAAGAUGCAAAGCCACGUUUAUUAAGAUGGAUUUUAUUGUUGUAGGAAUUUGACUUAGAAAUAAAAGAUAAAAAAGGUUUUGAGAAUGUUGUUACUAACCAUCUUUCUAGAUUAAGUGAUAUAGGAAUAAAUGCAGCACUUUUAUAAGACGCAUUUCUAGAUGAACAAUUGAUGACAACUCAACAUCAACCAUCACCAUGGUAUGCACAUAUUGUUAUUUUUCUGGUUUCUGGAAAAAUUCCAGAACAGUGGGAUAAGAACAAAAAAUAUCAUUUCUUUUCUAAGAUUAGAAAUUAUUUUUGGUAUGAUCCUGAUUUAUAUUACUUGGGCAAUGAUCAAAUUUUAAGGAGAUGUGUUCUUGAAGAAGAAUAUCAUAGCAUUAUUAACAUGUGUCAUUCAUCUAAAUGUGGAGGACAUUUCUCUAGAUGAAAAACAGUUGUAAAAAUUUUUCAGUGUGGUUUUUAUUGGCUUACAAUCAUUAGAAAUUCUAUAGAAUUUAGUAGAACAUAUAUUUCAUGCCAAUCUAUAGGUAACAUGAGUAAAAAAGAUGAAAUACCCAUGAGUAAUAUGUUAGUAGUCGAAAUUUUUGAUGUAUGGGGAAUAGAUUUCAUGGGUCCCUUCCCAUCAGCUGAAAAAUAUGAAUAUAUUUUGCUUGCUGUUGAUUAUGUGUCGAAGUGACUGGAAGUUAUUCCUACUAGAAUUAAUGAUCAUAAAAUCGUGAUGAAAUUUGUGUAGGAAAAUAUUUUUUCGAGAUUUAGAUGUCCUAGAGUGAUUAUUAGUGAUGGAGAAACACAUUUUACAAAUAAACAUUUCAGGGAACUGUUGAAAAAGAAUGGAGUACAUCAUAGAGUAGCCACUCCAUAUCAUCCCCAAAUAAAUGGGCAAGUUGAAGUAGCAAAUAGGAAAAUUUAGAGAAUUUUGAGAAAAAUAGUUAGACCAGAUAGGAAAGAUUGGCCCACGAAAUUACAAGAUGCAUUAUGGGCUUAUAGAACAGCUUAUAAAAAUCCCAUAGGUAUGUCCCCAUUUCGUCUCAAUUUUGAAAAGCCAUGUCAUCUUCUUGUGAAAAUAGAGCAUAAAGCAUUAUGGGAUAUAAAAUAUUUAUGUAUGGAUGAAAAAUCAGCUGGUGGGUAUAGAAUUUUUCAGCUAUAUGAACUAGAGGAGUUGAGGAAUAAAGCUUAUGAAAAUCAUAAAAUAUAUAAAGAAAAAACUAAAACUUUUCAUGAUAAAUACAUUAGUAGAAAAAAAAAAUUGAUGUCGGAGAAAAAGUAUGGUUAUAUGAUUUUAGGCUGAAAUUAUUCCCAGGAAAAUUAAAAUCAAAAUGGAAAGGGCCUUAUGUGGUGGAAGAGACAUAUGAUUAUGGGAUUGUCAUGAUUAAAGAUCUUAAAAGUGAUCAUAACUUUAAGGUAAAUGGACAGCGGCUUAAACAUUACAUAGAACAUGAACGUCUUGCAGAAAAAGAAAUUUUAUUAUUAAAAGAAAUUCAAGAGUAAGACCAAGGAGUCCAGCUGAAGACAUUAAAUUCAGUGCUGCAUGAGAGGCAACCCAUGGUUUUUAUUUCAUUCUGUUUGAUUUUUUUUAAAUUAUGUUUUCCUUAGAAUUUCACAAUACUUGUUUCUGUAUUUAUUUUUUUUUGAAAAAGUGCAAGAGGAGUGUAAGAUGAAGUGAAAAAUUAAAAACGAAGUUGAGGUGAUGUCUUUCUGAGCUUCUUCAUUUAUGAAAAUAUUUUUAAUGCUUAACUUUGCAGAUAUGCAUGCUUCACUUGAAAAUUAUAUUUUCUACAUAUUUUGUUUCGAGUUUUCUGUGUCAUUGAGGACAAUGUCAUUUUUAAGUUGGGGGGUGAAGUAUUCAUUAUUUUAUGCUGUAAGACGAUUAAGAACAUGUGUUUCCAUUUUAUUCAACUUAGAACAACAACAAAAAAUAAAAAUAAAAUAAAAUUCAGAAAAACUGCAACAUUUAUUUUCUGGUUUUCUAUUAGAAACAACAGAUUGUCAAAAACAGCAGACAAAAACUAGCUCGAAAUUUGAAAUUCUAGAAGACCCUUUUCUCACAUUUCAAUCCCCUAGAUAUAUAUUACUGAAAUUCAAAAUUACAGUUAUAAAGAGGAUAGUUUUGAUUUAUUUUUGAUAAAUUUAUUGCUGCUAAAAAUAGAAUUGAAAAUAGAAAACAAAACUGUCAGAACUAUCUAAUUUACAAAUUCCUUACAUCAUAUUACAUGCAUGAAAAAUUAAAUCAAUUAGAUUGAUUGACACCAAAAGAUACUAGGAAGAUUAUUAUUCAGUCAAAAGAAUGAUCUAGUAGCGCAAAAUGUUGGAAUACUCCUUGGAUACAUGAUAGAUAACAUGGACUUGAUUUUACAGAUUUUCACUUCAUGAUCUUGAUGGAUAGUAUUUACUUGAUGUGAAAAUUUGAUUGAUCAUUUGAGUUUAAUGGAGAUUUUUGCACCCUGAUCUAUAGGACUUGUGAGGAAAAAUCACUUAUUUCGAAAAAAAAAAAGAGAGAACAAUGUGAAAAAUCUAAAAAUGAAGAGUACACAUAGAGGGUGUGAAACAUCAUUCUCAUUGUUGAAAAUCGUGCAUAAAAAAACAUUUGUUGAAAAAUAAGUAGAUAAAGUGAAAGCCCUGAAAAUGAAGAGUACACAUGGAGGGUGUGAGACAUCAUUUUUAUUGUCGAAAUUUGUCUACAAGAAAAGCUACUUAUCCACUAUAUAUAUAUAUAUAAAAAGGAAGAAAUAUAGUGCAAACUUCAAAAAUCAAGUCAUAGAAAAAGGGAAAUGUAAGAUCAAUAUUAUUCUUGGAUGAGUGUUGAUAAUUAGAACAUCUUGUAAAUACAUCUAUGAGUGAAGAAGUGAUAAAGAUGUGAAUAGAAGAAGUGAAGUCUAGAUUGUUAUUCCAAUGAAUGUUUAAACAUUUAAACACUACACAACAAUCCUCCCGAAUGCUCAGGAUUCCGGUGCAUUGCUGACGCAUCGUCGUCGCGACGUUGGAACUCUAUUUUCCUGCUUUCAAUUUACUUUACAUUUCAUUUAGUGAUAAUUUUUAUAUUUUUAAUUUACCAAAAUAUACUUUGUUCUAUUACGAUUCUUCUGGCUUUUAUAGAUCUUAAUUUGAUCAAUUAAAUCAUUUGUAAUCACUUACGUAAGAAUCACCGGGUGGAACUCUAUUUCUGCCUGAUUCGCGCUCACCGGGCACUGAUGUCAUCCUAACGUUCGCGCCCUUAUUUCCCUUUUUCAUGAAUUUUAAAUAUAUUUCCUUUUUAUUUCCUAGUAUAAAAUUCAUAUAAAAUCAUAUUCAUUGAGAAAAAUUUUGAAUAAUUACCAUAUAUUAUAUUAUAUCCUUGUGAUCAACUUGGAAAAUUACCGUUAUUUUUGGAAUUUUUAUUGAAUUAUAAUUGAUAUAUUUAUUUAGAAAUACUUCUAAAUAUCCAAAAAUUCAUAUUUUCUAGUUUUAUAAAUUUUAUAUUUGCAUGAUUUAAUAUACAACAACUGAGUCAAGUUAGAUGUCCUGAUGCAAUUGACUAACAUGUUGGGCGAAUGCGACACCAUCCUCGGAAACUCUAACAUGAGGGUCUAGGGUACUAGAUCUAGGGGCUUGCGAGGUACUAAGCCGUGUGCGAUCUCGAAGGGGCUCAUGCCAGAGGUAUGGUUGGUCGAGGAGUUAUAGGCAAACUCGGCACGUGGUAUGAUCAGAUCUCAAGUGGUUAAGCUCUCACCGACUAAUGACCGAAGUAGAUUCCCUAAGCUAUGAUUGACAACCUCGAUCUGGCCGUCAGUUUGUGGGUGGUAAGUAGUGGAGAACUUGAGCUUAGUCCCAAGUAAGCUCCAAAGAGUCUUCCAGAAGUGGCUCGUAAACUGUACAUCAUAGUCUAAGACUAUAGACUUGGGUAGAUGAUAAGUCUUCAUUAUCAUGAGUUAAUAAUUAGUAAAUAAUAUAGUUUUAGCCUUAACUCAUGAUAAAUAGACUUAUAUUUGUGUUAAAGCAUGAAAAGUGGUUUUCAGUUGAUUAACAUGAAUUUUUGGGUAAUUAUGUGAUUUUAUACGAUUUUUACAGUCUUAGUUUUGAGAUAAAUGAAGAACAAGAAAUAAAAAUAAAAAUAUUGCAAAAUGGGGGGAUCCGCCAGCCAGCCGGGCUCGCAAGCGGGUCAGAAGCGCAGUCGGGGAGUAG